CAUUUUUAGUGUUUUUUGUGCGGUUGCAGGAUAAUGUGUGACUAAGGUGUUUUCAACUGAAAUUGCUGAAGUUUCUUCUCAAACAGAAACUUUGCUUGCAACCUGAGAUACUUCAGCAAAACACGUGGAAUAUUGCGACAUUCAUGCGAAACUUUGCCCUUAAUUCUGUUUUGCAAAUGCCUAGCUGAAUUGCUGUGUCUCAAAUGAUAACAGAAUCACUUGAAAUGUAGUACUCUUUCAAUUGGUCCGGCUCAAAAUUGACAUGAAAAUUGGCUCAAUUUAUGCUGAAAAUUCAUCGAUUCAGUGGGAUAUUUUCAUAUUAGACCCUGGCCUUCCUUAUUAUUUUGGGAAAAUUGGAACUAUUAUUUUUGUCUUAGUCCUCCCGCCGCCGCCUCCUCCUCAAGCUCUCAACACGGCGGCGGCCGGCCGGCGAUCCCCCGCCGCGAGAGGCCACCGGGAUUCGAGAUACUCCUCCCAGCUCGAAUACGCGCAUCCCGCACACCAUUCCACCCCCGCAUUUGACGCUGGGAGCCAACCCAUGGCCCCAUCACCCGGCUCCCAUGGGCGGCGGCAGUGGCGGCCUCGCGGAGGCGGCCGUCGGGCGCGCGGCGGCGCUAGCCCCUCGGGCAAGUGCUCCGCGGCGGACCAGCCCAACCCUCCUACCACCUCCUCGCCGUCUCCGAUGCAAACAGCGGUGGCGAGCACCUCCUACUUGGGUGCUGAUGCGAGCCAGGUGGCUCAUAUAGUCUGUGUUUCUCAUAUAAAUCCCCAUUAGCUUCAAGGUUACCACUUACCAACACCGUGAUCAUCAUGCGCCUUGCACUGAUUUCUUUGUUGCCCCUGUUGCUGGUGGCCUCCAAAAUCACAGCAGCAGCAGCAUGCAUUGGAAAGGAAAGAGAUGCACUAUUCGACUUGAAGGCCACCCUGAGAGACCCUGGAGGCAUGCUGUCCUCUUGGGUAGGUCUAAAUUGUUGCAACUGGUAUGGCGUGACUUGCAACAACAGGACUGGACAUAUUAUCAAGCUCAACCUCGCAAACUAUAAUAUCAGCAAGGAGGAUGCUCUAACAGGUGACAUCAGUCCAUCAUUGGUUCAUUUAACUCAUUUGAUGUACCUCAAUCUUCGUUCGAAUGAUUUUGGAGGUGCAAGAAUCCCUGCGUUCAUAGGAUCUCUGAAGAACCUGAGGCAUCUUGACUUGUCCUUUGCUAAUUUCGGUGGGAAAAUUCCCCCUCAGCUUGGAAACUUAUCUAAGCUGAAUUACCUGGAUAUUAGCUUUCCUUAUAACAACUUUAGCAGCUUUACUUCCAGUAGCUCUGUUGACAAUCUUCUUUGGGUCUCUCAGCUUUCUUCACUGGUUUACCUUGACAUGUCAUUGUGGAACCUUUCUGUGGCUUCAGAUUGGCUGCAGUCUUUGAACAUGCUUGCUUCCCUCAAAGUGCUUCGUUUGUCUGGUACCAAUCUUCCACCCACUAAUCAAAAUUCUCUAUCCCAGUCUAACUUCACAGUUCUCAAUGAAAUUGAUCUAUCAGGCAACAACUUCAGCUCUAGAUUCCCGAAUUGGUUGGCAAGCAUAUACACUCUGUCAUUAAUUAAUUUGGACUAUUGUGAGCUGCAUGGCUCAAUUCCUGAAUCUGUGGGAAAUUUAACUGCCCUUAAUACCCUUUACUUGGCUGACAACAGUUUGAUUGGAGCAAUUCCAAUAUCUAAGUUGUGUAACUUGCAGAUCCUUGAUUUGUCGAACAACAACCUUAUAGGUGAUAUUGCUGAUUUGGGGAAGGCAAUGACCCGCUGCAUGAAGGGACUAUCUAUGAUCAAAUUGGGGAAUAAUAAUCUAUCUGGAAGUCUAUCCGGGUGGAUUGGAUCCUUCCCAAACCUCUUCUCAGUCGAUCUCAGCAAAAACUCACUAUCAGGUCAUGUACAUACCAAUAUCAGUCAGCUCACAGAGUUAAUUGAACUGGACCUUUCUCACAAUUCACUCGAAGAUGUCUUGUCUGAACAACACCUAACAAAUCUAACUAAGCUAAAAAAGCUAGAUUUAUCUUACAAUUCCUUGAGAAUUUCUGUGGGAGCAAAUUGGUUACCACCCUUUCAACUUUAUGAACUCCUUUUAGGUUCUUCCCCACUACAAUCACAAGUCCCGCAGUGGCUUCAAACACAAGUUGGAAUGCAGACAUUAGAUUUGCACAGAACGGGGACUCUAGGUCAAUUGCCUGAUUGGCUUUGGACGUCAUUGACCUCUCUCAUUAACUUGGAUCUCUCUGACAAUCUGCUUACUGGCAUGCUACCAGCAUCCCUGGUUCAUAUGAAGUCACUGCAGUUCUUGGGGCUCAGCUCGAACCAAUUGGAAGGUCAGAUUCCUGAUAUGCCAGAAAGUCUAGACCUGCUAGAUCUCUCCAACAACUCUUUAUCUGGAUCAUUGCCCAAUAGUGUGGGAGGGAACAAGACACGUUACAUUUUAUUGUCAAGCAAUCGUCUAAAUAGAAGCAUACCUGCGUACUUUUGCAACAUGCCAUGGUUGUCAGCAAUAGACCUAUCAAACAACAGCUUAUCAGGCGAGCUACCUAAUUGUUGGAAGAACAGCACAGAACUAUUUUUGGUGGAUUUCUCGUACAACAACCUGGAAGGACACAUACCUUCAAGUCUUGGCUCUCUUACUUUUCUUGGUUCCCUGCAUUUGAACAACAAUAGGCUAUCUGGGUUGUUGCCUUCCUCUCUAAGUUCAUGCGGGCUUCUGGUUUUCCUUGAUAUUGGAGAUAAUAAUUUGGAGGGUUCCAUACCUGAAUGGAUAGGAGAUAACAUGCAAUACCUCAUGAUUCUUCGUUUGCGAUCAAAUCGUUUCACUGGAAGCAUCCCGUCUGAAUUGUCACAGCUUCAAGGUCUUCAAGUGUUGGAUCUUGCCAAUAACAAGCUGUCAGGGCCCCUGCCACAAGGUAUUGGAAAUUUUAGUGAAAUGGCUUCACAGAGGUCAAGACAUAUUAUACCGAUGCAGAUUUCUGGUGAUAGUUUUGGUGGAUCUCUCUAUCACAAUGAGAGUCUAUACAUUACCAUCAAAGGAGAAGAAAGAUUGUAUUCUAAGAUCCUUUAUCUGAUGAAGAGCAUUGACCUUUCUAACAAUUAUCUAACAGGUGGAAUUCCUGCUGAAGUUGGAGAUCUUGUAGGGCUCAAAAACCUGAAUCUCUCGAAAAAUCUCCUGAGUGGUCAUAUUCCAGAGACAAUUGGUAAUAUGAGUUCAUUGGAGUCGCUUGAUCUCUCAUGGAACCGACUGUCAGGCAUAAUUCCUGAAAGCAUGACAUCACUGCACUUGUUGAGCCACCUGAACAUGUCCUACAACAAUCUGUCCGGGAUGGUACCCCAGGGCUCUCAGCUUCAAACCCUUGGUGAUGAAGAUCCAUACAUCUAUGCUGGCAACAAGUAUCUCUGCAUCCAUCUUGCUUCUGGCAGCUGUUUUGAACAGAAAGAUAACCAUGUUGAUCAAGCAGAGCAUAAUGAUGUCCAUGAUAUCUGGCUGUAUAUAUUUUCAGGAUUGGGCUUCGGAGUAGGAUUUUCUUCUGUGUGGUGGCUUCUUGUGUGCAGCAAGGCAGUGGGCAAGAGGUAUUUCCAGUUCGUCGACUCCACAUGUGAGAAAGUUAUUCACUGGAUGAUCCUACUGGAGAAGAAGGUGAAUAAGAAAACAGUGGGAAAAAGUUCGGUAUUGUGAAAGUUUGCCCUUGAAACUGCUGGCUUAAAAAAAAAAAUCAAAUAUGCAAUGGCGUUUGCACAUCAUUCUAAAUUCGUCUUAAUGACUGGACAAGAAUGUGCAUCAGCUUAUGUAGAGUCUGUCUGUAUGAGUCUUCUUUUAUGUCCACUUUCUUCAUGAAUUCUUCUUCAUUUUGGUGUUGCGUUUAGUUUGUAUUGAAACAAUUGCUAGGUGGUGUGUGAUAGACAAUGGCAGCAACACACAAACAAGAGAGAUACUAAAUGACUAAUGUGUGCCGAUGUUUGUUGGGUUCUGAUGUUCCAGACUUCCAGUGAAGUGUACUUCUUUAAUUCUUUUAGAUUAGUGAAGUGGGCCUGUACACGAAUAUUCUACUUGUUUACAGCGUGGAAGUGUUUGUCUUUUUUUUUUUAUCUCA